ACAGCGUAAUGUCGGCGCUUGCUUGGUGUUUAUUUUUGUAAUUUACAUGGGUAAAGUAAUUUUUAGAAAAUAGUACGAUAAAAUUAUAAGCUAUGUGAAAUUGAACUGUUUUGGCUGUUCAAUAUUAUCGAAUAUAAAAUGCCGUAUUACUGCACUGUACCGCGUUGUACGUCAAUGGCGGGGAAGGCAAAAAAUGUAUCAUUUCAUCAGUUCCCAAGGGACGAGGACCUUGCAAGGCUUUGGAAUAAUAUACUAAAAAGGGGAAAGCCUUAUACAAAGUAUUCGAAAGUGUGCAGCUUACAUUUUACACCGGAUGAUUAUACUAUGACUAGCGGACAAAAAAAUAAAGGACAAUGGAGAACUUUGAGAAAAGAUGCUAUACCUUCACAAAAUUUACCUGCUGACUCGCCUGUGCCACACAUGGGAAGAAGUUCCUCUUGGACUUCUCCACCAGCUGUGAUAGAUGCUAGGAUGCAUCAACAAAUGGCGCAAGCUAUAUACGUUCAAACUAUGUUGGCUAUGCAGGCAGCGGGUAUUACUGCACUAGGACCUGAGCCACUCUCAUCGCCCACACAACCCACAGGAGAAGCAGAAUCGUCCCAAUCCCCACCAUUAUUAAACACAUAUACACUAGAACAAAUUCUUGCACAUAAAACCCACCAAGACAUUAUAAAUACUACACAAACUAGCAAUCAUGAAGUACUGUUAAGCCAAAUUCAAAAUGAAAAACAUAGAGACACCAUGACAUUUAAAUGCACACAGUGUUCUAAAUGCUUCAAAGACCCAGAUGUUUUUAUCCUACACAAAAGGAUACAUGCUAAAGAAGAGGCUGGCAACACUGAUGAAAUGUUACGCGCCAACCCUAUUUUAGCUAACCUGCUAAAAUCUGAUACAUCACAAGCUGUUACAGAUAAACAAAAUAAUUUAGAUUCCAAAAAUGUUAAAAGCAUUGAAAGUCAAAUUAUGACUGCUUUAGCUGCAAAUAUGGAGAAUUAUUUGCGAAAUCUGACUACAAUAAUGACACAUGGCAACACUAUGGAACCAUUGGACAAUCAAUUUGAAAAUGGCACAUCUGAUUCUCAAGAUGACAACUCAUCCAACUGUGAUAGUAAAGACUUAAAUGAAUCCUCAGACUCAAAUUUAGUUAUAGAUGAAGAUGCUUCCUAAUUCUAAAUAGGCUUUUUAACGAUUCUAUUUUAUUUCCUAUCGGAAGUGGUCACUUUUGAAAAUCGACUGAUUAAAAAAAAUAGACAAUCUACCCACCUUUAGUAAUAGAGUAAGAUGUAUAUUUUUCUACUUAACUAUAAUCUACUUUUGUAUUAAAAAAUCUACCAUUUUUGUAGAUUUAUAGACUGACUAAAACUUAUAAAAUUGGACUUAAAUUUUAAUGUUCACGUCAAUAGAAAUUACUAGAUGUCUUAUUUAUCUAGAUAUCUCAAAUUCCUCAAGUUUUUUAUUUAAAUGUUAAUAUUGUUUAAGUUUAUUACUAUUAGAGGUAUUACUGAUUAUUUCAUUAUAAAUUAAUUUAAGACCAAUUUUGAAUAUAAAAAAGACUGUAGCCUACCUUCAAUUGGUAACCCACCGUAUUGUCACCGUUUUCCAAAUUUUGGAGCGGAUCAUAUUAUGAGUUAGGUAUGGUAGAAUAUUAUUCAUAAGAUUUUAUUUUUAGCAAGUAGGAAUCUAGUGCCUUAGAUGUCUGUAGAAUUUGUAUAAUAUUUAGUUUAUCAGAUAUAACUUUAGCCACAGUAUUUCAGAUAUAUUUUGUACUAGAUUUUACGAUCGCCUUAAACAGCGUAGUUUUAUCUGUAUUCUAAAUAAUAAGUAAAUCACAAACUUUCAAGCAGUUAACAAGAUAUUUGCUAUAAAAUAUAUUUUUAAUGAUGGCAACUCAUGAAUAAAAGAUCUUGUUGUCUAUGGGAGGGAAUUUUAAUGUCAUUGGAUUAAGACAUUCUUGAUAUAUAUGCAAAAUUAGAAGAUUAACAUCCAUUCUUAGGUACAUGAUAUGAGAAUGAUUUAUUCCAUGAAAAGGUAGUUUUCAAUCAUUAAUUGUAAUUUUUGACAACCUUUUGAAUCAAUCUUGGACUACCUAAUUAAUGAUGGUUGAUGCAUGUUAUAAUGAAGGAUGUAAAAGGGUAAUUGGUUGGGGUCGAGUAGGAUUCAAAUGAUAGGUGGUGAUCUCAUUUAAGUUUUCUUUCUGUACUGAUAGUAAAAUUUAGUUUGGGAGGUGUUUUAUUGGCAGCCAUAUGUAUAGAAAUAGUAAGAUUGAAUAAAAAGGAUAAAGUGUAAGGUUGUAAUAUUACUUGCAGAGAUUUUUGUAUUUGCAAUACUUAUUUUGUUUAUUUGUGAUAUUUUUGUUUUCAAUUCCAGUAGUAUUUUAUUUUUAAUUUGUAGAGAAAACAUAAGACAUAAUUCCGGCCGCUGAAAGAAUGCGAUCACGACGUCAUUCUAUUAGUCACAUGAAACACUCGAAGCAAAGUUUUUAUAAUGCUGUUCAGUGAACUUUAUUACUUUUUGUCACUAAUAAUAAGGGGUCAGCUGAGCAAUAUCGAGAAAAAAACGUGAGUAACAUUUUACAUAAUUUUUUGCAAAAAUAUAAAUAUUUUGUAUAUAUUAUUAUAUUAAUAUUAGUUUUAUUCAAUGUAUGUAUUGAGUUUUUCUCUUAAUGAAUUCUCUGUACCAGCCUGGAAUUGGCGGCGUCAACCUCGGUGCCUCGCAAGCACUUUAAGCCGCCGUAACCAGUUAUUAUAACUAACUUGUGAUAAAUAGAAGUCUUUAAAGCCCACUGACUCGCAUUUGAGCAGCGUAGGAGCAGAGCAGCUGAUCACGGACCCACCGGUUCGUGAUCAGUGGAACGUUAAUUAAAAAACGGAGGGUUAGUAAAGUAAAUAAACAAUAAAUGUAUUUUUAUCGUAAAUUCAACGCCACUUUAAAUUACAUUUAGCGUUAGUUCAUCAUUUGCUCGAUUGCAAUUGAGGAGUCGUUUUCGGAGUAAAAUUUAAAUUUCCUAACCUACAUAUCUUUAGCUCGGGCUUCUGACAGAACAUUUGCGACUCUAAAUCAAGUGACAUUAUAUGCAUUUUAUUUUGACUGUACAAAGUUUAACACUCGAAAGCAUCUCACCGAUUGCGAGCGAGAAAAUCUUGUAUGACUUCCUAACAGAUCACGACUUGAUCUGUCAGGAACGCAUUCUUUUCACGGCCGUACGUAAUGACUAUUAAUGAUAAUCUUUGAAUAUUUAUGUAUUGAUGACGGAUUUAUUUUGCGAAAAUUCAAUUUAUUUUUAAAUUCCUUUAUAUUAAUCAGUGAGUACGGAGUACCUAAUUCCGCAAUUAUUAUUGCACUCGUGUACUUUCUUUUUUCGUGAACGUCCGCAAAGUACAGAGAGCUUUUGUAUCUCAGAACAUUAAUACUCACAAGGAGCCUGUGUUAUCAAGAAAUGUGUGGUUAUUAUUGUGUUACUUACUAAAUGAUUCGCUCAUAUUAUCGAAAAAUGCUGAGUAUAUACAAUUUUGCAGUAUUUAGUUGUUUAAGUUUUGUAAUUCUUACACAAUACAAAUUUAUACAAAAAAAACCGAAAAAAUGUUAGUCGACAAAAAGCAAUACAUGUGAAUUUUGAUCUCUACUUGAAACUUUGUAAAACGUUUAAUAAUUAUAUAGAAUAAAUUGUAA